AUGGGCAAGUGGAGAUAUGGCGUCAUCCUCGACGCUGGGUCGUCGGGGACCCGCGUCUACACCUAUCGAUGGCUCAACCCUUCGAGAGCCCAGCUUGAGGCUUCCGAGGACGAAUUGAAGCGCCUGCCCAAGCUGAAGACGAAGAAGGAGUGGACACACAAAAUCCAUCCAGGAAUCUCGACUUUUGGUGAAACUCCCGAACUUGUGGGACCGGACCACCUGCAACAACUGCUCGAUCAUGCGCUCGAAGUUGUCCCCGCGGACGAGGUCGAGAACACCCCCCUGUUCCUCCUGGCUACCGCUGGCAUGCGCCUGCUCCCGGACAACCAGCGCGCCGCUGUCCUGAACGAGGUCUGCGCAUACGCUCGCGAGAACACAAAUUUCCAGCUGCCCGACUGCGACCUGCACAUUCAGGUGAUACCCGGGGAGACUGAAGGUCUGUAUGGCUGGAUCGCGGCAAACUACCUUCUCGGUGGAUUCGACGAACCGAAAGAGCACGACCAUGGCAAAGACCACCACACGUAUGGAUUUCUGGAUAUGGGUGGAGCUUCGGCACAAAUCGCGUUUGCGCCCAAUGCGACAGAAGCUGAGAAGCACGCCAACGACCUGAACCUCUUGCGCUUGAGGACUCUGGACGGCUCGUCGUCAGAAUACAAGGUUUUCGUCACGACCUGGCUCGGCUUUGGCGUAAAUGAAGCAAGGAGGCGAUACGUUGAAGCAUUGGUGGAAGCCUCGCCCGAAGCUACAGAACUUCCGGAUCCCUGCAUCCCUGGAGGUCUUGAGGUUACGGUCAAAGGCAAGCCAGUGGAGCCCGAUUCCAGCGAGGAAAAGGGCCUAACACCGCAUCUUGUUGGCACCGGCAUGUUCACGGAGUGCUUGAGUAAGACGUUCCCUCUCCUCGACAAAGACGCGCCUUGCCCCGACGCGCCGUGCCUUUUGCAUGGUGUCCACGUUCCCGCGAUUGAUUUCGACGUCAACCACUUUGUUGGUGUCUCCGAGUACUGGCACACGACACACGAAAUCUUCGAGAUGGGGCACAAAGACAAAGCAUAUGAUUUCAAGACGUACCAAGAAAGGGUCAACGAGUUCUGCAGCAAGCCAUGGGAAGAGAUUGAAGCCGGUAUCAGCAAACACCAAUGGGGCAAUAAGGUCGAUGAGGCCACCGCUCUGGAGGUCUGUUUCAAGGCGUCGUGGCUCAUCAAUGUCCUGCACGAUGGUAUUGGCGUCCCCCGGACUGGUCUCGAAGAGAUGCAGUCCGGAGCCAACGGCACAAAGACAGUCUUGGACAAGACUAAAGAGAAGGGCUACCGGGACCCGUUCCAAGCUGUCAACAAGAUUGAUGGCACCGAGGUCAGCUGGACGCUUGGUAAGAUGGUUCUCUACGCUGCAAGCCAAGUCGAGGCCAAGCCGGGGGCGUUGGCUGUUGGAUUUGGCAGCAACAAGCCCGGGGUUCCGUCGGACUUCCAAUAUGCUGGCGGCAAGUUCAUGAGCCUACCUGGCGAUUUGGACGAGGAGCUGGAGGAUUGGCACGAAACCCUGUUCAAGGACUCGUCGCGCCGCAUUCCUGGCUUCAUCAUGUUCAUGUUCAUCGUCCUACUGGCCCUCUACUUCCUCUGCGGUCGCGAGUGCCGGAAUAGGUUGUCUCGGAAGACGCGCGGUCUUUUCUCACGCGGAUCACCGAAGCGGAAGCCAGGGCCUGGUGCUGGACUCGGACUGGGUGGGAAACUUUUCUCACGCAACAGUGGCAGCCCCACUUACGAACGUGUCUUGGAGAGUGGCGCCAACGAUUUCGAGCUCGGGGACCACGCCGACGGGGUGGAGUCGUACCACUCUGAUUCCAGCAGCGAUGACAGCCACGGAAAGGUUGGCCACACGUCCGGAUGGGCUACCCCACAGCUCACGAGAAUGGCUGGUGGUAGCAAAUUCGACCUGGGGCCCGGAUAUUUCGAGAACAUCGUCAGCCAAGGUCAAGGCCUUGGCAUCGCAUCGCCCUACGGCGGCAACGCGAUGGAGCGUGGCGGCCUGAUGGCGCGUGUGGAUUCUCGAGAGCGACUCGCACCCUUGGGCUCCAUGGGCAGAUCGAGGAGUCGUAACGGGAGUCCGACCCGGGGCAGGAGUCCGCUCAUGACUCCUCUCAAGGAGUCUGUCGACUGA